AUGCCAGCUGCGCGCCAUGCAAAGCGGCCAAGACUCAGUUCUGUCCCCCGACGCGAAAUCAACGCGUCGACUCACCCUAAAAUCGACAAGGUGCUCAAGGCAGCGCGUUUAUGCGUCCAACAAAUAACACCUCUCGAGACAUGUCUACACGACGAGAUGCGCAUCCUCGAACGAAUAUACUACAAGGGCGUAAACCAACACCGGAUGGCACUCUUCUGGAAGCGCACACAAGAGGUCCGUAGAGUCGGUAAAAGAGUCCUUGAGAUCCAGUGCUCGGGAUUACUAGACGAUUUACGAUACUCAUUUUACAUUGAUGAGGGUUCUGAGAGGAGUCCUAAGGUAUUACGAGGUGCCUGGUGCCAAGUUCCAGACGCGAAGUUCCUGAACUUCGUAUAUGACAGGUUAAAAGAUAUUAUAGAUCUCUUGAAUGUCGCGAAAGAACGUUUCACCAAAGCAUUCCACUCAUUUUCUCUAAUGAUGCAAACAGGCGCAUUCCUGCAAUUGAUUCUGAUCUUGACUGCUAUCGUGUCAAGGUUGAAUGCAAUUGUAGAAGAGCUACACACUGCACUAGAGACUUUUUCGAACACUCUGUGUACACUGCUUGAAGCUCUGGGCUACAAACAAAGGUGGUCACUAAAAGCCUCGGAAACAUUGAAACAGCCGACCCAGAAGAAAGCGUCUGAAACUCACGAAAGUACACCCAUGGACGACAGAAUUAACGAGGACCUUGGUAGCACAGUUUCUCGACGUCCUGCUAUCGAAAUUACAGAACCUUCAGGCACUAUGAUGAUUGACCCUGUACCCUCCGAGGACGCUAUACCAAUCUUUUGGAAACAGAGUGAACAGACUCCAUCAUCCACCAGCCAAGAACCACAGCUUGCAUCUCCAUUAACAAGCAAAACCGUCUCGAAAACCAAAUUAUCAGGACAGAUAAAGCAAGCCGCCGGCUCAACAGGGCACAAGAAAGUCCAAAAGAAAAAGAAGCGAAAAGACGAGAUUGACGAGAUUUUUGGGUCACUAUGAUUCACGCACACGUAUUCU